UCUUCCCCUUUUCCCACUCUUCUCUUUCUCUCUUCAUUCGCUCUCUCUAUCUGGCGCACCGCUCUUGUGUGUUAAACACCGUCGUCUCUCCUCUGCUCUCCGUCCUUCUGCGUCCCUGCAGUCCUCGGGCCGAUUCUACCUCGACCAGUCGACCUGGCGAUAGAGAAACCCGACUCUCACGUUCGUCACCGAAAUUCUGUGUCGUCUAGGGAAAAGGACAUUUUCGUUUAUCGGCAAUUCGUUUCCAAAGUCCCGUUUCCAGGGACUUGAAAGGGAAAGCGCAAUUUCGAGUGGGUCUACGGAGACUGCGAGAUCGGAAUCGGGAUCGCGUACACACGCGAAGGCCGUGUGCACGCGCGUGCGGGCGCAAGAUGCCUGGUCGACGCGAAUCACUCAAGAUGUGCUCGCUCGCGAACGUGGAAGUGAAGCGUACGUGUCGAUCCAUGGUGUAGACAGCGCCAAUCUAUCGAUAUGCAGAUGAGAAGGGAUUGUCGAAGGAUCUCUGAACACGUUACUCCGAUCGCAGACAGCGCGAGCGCAACUCGACGUGAUCUCCGUUGCAGUUCGUGAUGCAUAGUUGAUUUUACGCGAGGAAAACGUGCGGUCCGCUGCCCGAAUGCAAAACUGGCGGCAUAUAACUUUGCGAAUUUGCAUUUGCAAUCUUAAAAGAAUUGAAUUAUAUCUGCGGGCUCGCGGAUUCAAAUUGCAUCUCCUAGUGAAUUGAGUUACAACUUUUAGCGGACUCGAGCUGCGGUGUUGCAACUUUAUACGAGUUUGAGUGAGUUUGAAUUGUGAGCUCUCAAGGCUGGAGAGCGUUUCCAUUGGGGGGAUGCGAUUGUAUCAGUCACCGAUAUCAAUCGUGAUGCCGAGCUACGAGUAGAUCGACGACGAGUUAGAUAAAAACGAGCGAGGUCGUUUCGACGCAUGGUCAUUUAAAUUACGAUCCGGUUUAGGUGCUUUCGGACGAUCGACUAGCCGGUCGACGGGAACCUGUUUCGUGUCGACGGCCUUCAGUGAGUUUUUGGAAAUGCGCUUCCGGUCGGCGCGGGGCGCGGUGUAUUUCUGUACCGCGUGAGAAGCGGAGAAGAAGUGAGCAGUUCCGCGGGCCGUCGUUGUGAUAAUUAUACACGGCGCUUAAAGUUGCCUCGUUACUGAAAUUACCGUGCGCGCAAAGCUUCCUGAUGAUGCAGGGAGAAAUGUGCAUUUCCUCGUCAUAAGUUGCGCGUAUCGACGUAAGAAGUGAAAAUCGAUCGGAAUCAAAUCGAAGGGAAACCAUCAGGAUCUUUGACAUUUUUGAAAACUUCCAGAGACUGUAGAACUUGACGAAUAUCUUAUUCUAUUUGAUGGAAUGCUUAUUGUUAUUCGUAGAAUGUACUUUUAGCCAGAACUGAAAUAAAUCUGUGAGAUAAAAAGAAAAAUAUUACAUUUCGAAGAACUGACGAACUGGGGUGAAAAAGUGGAAGGAACAAAAAGCAACGUAAUUAAAAUAUAUGAAAAAUUACGCACAAAAAUAGUCGAAAUAGUAAAAAAUAAUCUCGAAAGUAAUAAGAGUAAUUCAAGAAAACCAGCAGGCACAGCAGGAGAUUUAGUUUCCAAUUUAGUAUUGUAGCCGCAAUAAAUCUUGGAAGAAGUAAAAGUGUUUGUGGAGUAAACUUCCAGAUUAUCAAGAGAACGUAUUCGAGAUCGAGCGUCUGGAGAGCCGAACGUGGUCUCUUCGAACGAAAUCGAGCAUUUCACGCUACAUCGCGUCCGAAGCCCGUCGCGCAGGGAAAAAGAGGUGCGCAUGAACGAGGACGGGGCGACUGCAUCGAAAAGCGUGGCUGCGUGACCGAGCAAGGCGAACUGGAGCGAGUGUCAAGUUAGUCGAGGAGAACCGAACGAAGGAGGAAAAUUUACGCGACAGCGAAGAGAGAAACGGAUCAUCGACAUUCGUGAAAUCAUUCGUAACACGCUAAACAUUCCCGACCUAGUCAAAUUUGCCAUUCUAUGAGACGAGAAGUCCAAAUUAAAGUGCAAAUUUGCGUGGAAAAAGUGCUUGAUUUUGUGCGAAUUGAAGGAAUAUUGUGCUCGAAGAAGAAAAACACGCGACAUUUAGAAAAAAUUGUGAACGACGCGCAGUUGCAAAACAACGACGACGACGGUUUUUACGCAAGACUCGCGAUCCAUCGGUCGGCGCAAUCACGCGCGCUCGCCUUACGUACACGAGUUGUGCGCGAUGCAAUUGUGGCGUGAGCCGCGACGGAGUUGCUUGCGACACAUUGAUCCGGCGAUCUUGCGUGAUUCAUGAAGAGGCGAGUGUCCGGCGAAGGGAUGCUUCUUGGAUCGCGGUGCGGCGGAAGUGCGCGAGGGAGCGGUCCGUGAGAGAAUCGUCUUGGUGGAACGCGCGCGAGAGGGUAGAGGGAAGACCGACGUCUUCUUCGCGGCAGGAUGGACAGGAGCGAUAACAAUAUCGUUGGGGUCGGCAGCGGAAGUGGCGGCGGAGGAGCCGGCGGCGUCGGCGUCGGCAGCGGCUGUCACGUGGGAAAUUCCGGAUCCCCGCCGAACUCCACUUUGUCGAUCCACGGCACGAUACACAAUUCUUCUGGCGGAUUCGACGGUCAGACUGGCGACAGAGGAUGGGAGAUCCAUCAUGUUACGGUCACCAGGGUUCCUGGUUACGGUUUCGGCAUAGCUGUAUCAGGAGGUCGUGAUAAUCCUCAUUUCACUAAUGGCGAUCCUGCGAUCGCCAUCUCCGACGUCCUCAAAGCCGGCCCGGCUGAAGGAAAAUUACAAGUAAACGAUCGUAUCAUUUCCGCCAAUGGAGUAUCAUUGGAAGGUGCUGAUUACGGUGCUGCCGUGCGCGUCCUGCGAGAUUCCGGUUCUACUGUUUUGUUGGUUGUUAAACGAAGAGCUUCCUCGAAUUCGCCCGGUUGCUUAGGCAGCAUCGCACCUCAAAGCCAUCGACUUACACUCACGCGAAACAAUAAAAAGGAUGACUUCGGCAUAGUGCUGGGAUGCCGAUUGUACGUAAAGGAGGUUACGCGAGAAAAUAUCGGAGUGAAAAGCGGGGACGUGUUAACCCGAAUAGGCAGCGUCGCCGCCGACAAUAUGAGCUUGAAGGAAGCUAGAAAGCUGAUGGACCAGUGCAAAGAUAGACUCUCGAUCGUAAUUACACGGGACAAUUCAUGUUGCCACAUACAGCAGCAGGGUAAAGGGGAUAGCGGUGAAUACCUGUCGGGUGCGAGCUACAGUAGUCAGAACUUAUACGUUCCGCCACCCACGAGGCAGCCCUUGGAGGACAAAAGUAAUCUCGUACCGAGAGGUCGUUCGCGGGGUCCGCUGAUGGAUGUGUCGUUGAGUCAAUUGGAUUUACCAGCUACACCCACCGUAGAUCCACCCAGGCCACCCCCGCCCAGACCGGAAGAUUAUUACAGUACGCGCAGGCAACUGUAUGAUGAAGAUUCGGUUUCGCCUCGGACGAAGCAGCCCAUGCCGGAUCCUCGAUUUAUUACUUUCCAAAAAGAAGGAUCUGUAGGAGUGCGAUUGGGUGGCGGUAAUGAAACCGGAGUUUUUGUGACUGCAGUUCAAGCGGGAUGUCCUGCGUCGCUUCAAGGUCUACAGCCAGGAGACAAAAUUUUAAAGAUAAACGACAUGGAUAUGAAGGGAGUCACGAGAGAAGAAGCUGUACUGUUUCUUCUCAGCUUGCAAGAACAGAUUGAUCUUAUCGUGCAACACCGGCGUCAGGAAUACGAUCAAAUUGUUGCAUCUGGCAGAGGUGACUCCUUUCACAUAAAAACUCAUUUUCACUAUGAGCAACCGCAAAAGGGCGAGAUGAGUUUCCGCAGUGGGGACGUGUUCCACGUAGUGGAUACUCUUCACAACGGUGUCGUAGGAUCUUGGUUGGUGUUUCGAAUUGGACGGAACAAUCAAGAAGUACAGAAGGGUACCAUACCUAACAAGGCUCGGGCAGAGGAACUUGCAACCGCGCAAUUCAACGCGACGAAGAAAGAGAUGAGCGCGAGCGAGAGCAGAGGUAGCUUUUUCAGAAGAAGAAGAAACAGUCACAGACGCUCGAAGUCUUUGGGAAGGGAUCAUUGGGACGAUGUAGUGUUCUCUGAUAGUGUCAGCAAGUUUCCGGCUUACGAACGCGUGAUCUUGAGACAUCCUGGUUUCGUUAGGCCCGUUGUUCUCUUCGGGCCCGUAGCUGAUCUCGCAAGAGAAAAACUUCUCAAGGAUUUUCCCGACAAGUUCACCUCUCCACAAAUGGAAAGUCAAAUGGAGGAUGGCACGGGAAAGAAUACCAAAACGUCGGGCAUUAUUCGGCUGAGCGCCAUCAGAGAGGUGAUGGACAGAGGCAAGCACGCAUUGUUAGACAUCACUCCAAACGCCGUAGACCGCUUAAAUUACGCUCAGUUUUACCCGAUUGUCAUCUUUUUAAAAGCUGAAACGAAGCAGGUUAUCAAAGAACUGAGAGCUGGCAUUCCGAAAUCGGCGCAUAAGAGCAGUAAAAAGCUUCUAGAACAGUGUCAGAAACUCGACAAAAUUUGGGGACACGUGUUUAGCGCUGUAAUUACUCUCAACGCACCGGAGGCUUGGUAUCGGAAGCUUAGAGAGCUCAUUGAUCGCCAGCAGCAAGGUUCGCUGUGGAUGAGUCAAACUAAGCCGGAAGAAGCCCUCUCGGAUGACUUCCUAUUCCCGAUGACUUCUCGCCUCUCCUACGCUUCCUCUCCGGAGAGCGAUCUGGAGCUAAGCCCUGCACCCGUUAUUCCCGGUACGUUGGGUCCACCGUCGCGGCUGAAGAGCAGUUCCGAUCCUAGCAUCGCUACUCAGGACGAUACUACUGCACCGCCACCGUACUCGACGAAUUAUCAGCAAUCAUUUGAACAACAGAAGAGAAGAUCCCAAGGCGGAGUGGGAGACAGCAAGUACGGAUUUUCCUUGUCCGGUCAAAUGAGCAAUCAGUCCGGCUCGCCAGAAUACCUGGGAAGCACCUUCGAGCCUAGAUCCCCUCAUCACAGUCCUCCGGAUCUUCCGCCACGAGUUGAUCGAAACGCGAAGCCGGCUAAUCAAACGCCGCGGGGAACGAUAGGACGAUCCGCCCAGGAGCGUUUGGGAGUGAAUAAAACCGACUCGAUGGACAUGGGAAAUUAUAUUAACGCGACGCCCCACAAAGCAAACGCCACAUCAUCUCUCGAGCGAGCACAGCCGAAAGCGGGAAGCUACGAUAGCAUGUCUUCCUAUGAUUCUUACAACAACACCAAUGGAAAUGCGAAUUAUGGAGCAAAUUUGAGCACGUCGACAGGUCGUCUAGGCCCGAACGUACCUGAUGAUCUCAAAAGCAGCAGUAUGCCGGCGAGAGUGCACGACCCAUAUAGAUCAACAUUCACCAGAUCUACAGCUCAGCCUGUCUCCACGCAUGACGCUCCGACGCGAACUGAUUACGCCAAAUACAGUCGAUCCACCGAUUAUAAGUCGAUACCAAUGUCACAAAAUAAACCGGGAGGCACCUACAAACCAAUUCCACCUCCGAAGCCGAAAAAUUACAGACCACCUCAAGCGUCGCUUGGACAGCCGGAGAACAAUGGAAAUGAUGGGAAUAAUUCGUAUCAGCAUUCAAAGAGUUAUUCCAUUGCCACGUCGCAUGUGCAUAAUGGGGUAGAAAGUAAUAGCAACGUACAACGCAACAGCGGCCAAUAUUACUACAACAUUCCACCGCCCGGCCGUCAUAACGAGAGCAAUCUCGUGAAUUCGCAUCACAAUCUAAGUCACUUCGCAUCGCCAACGCACAGCCACAGUCUCAGCCACACGCACUCUCAUUCGAGUCCGCCGGUCACUAGCACGCAUUCCCACAGUAACAGUGCUGGUCAGAUCAGCCUUGGUUUGACGCAUAACCGGAACAGCACGAACCACAAUGGAUACAUGCACGGCAAUAACCAUGGACCUGUCUACCCUUCUGCCAAUCCUAUGUCCGGACACAAUAGGGAACCCAGUGGCUUGGACUUGGCUGGCAGUCGAGAGCAGAGAGGAAGCGCCUUCGAACUCUAUCGAAAGCCGGUUCAUCAUUAUAAUAUGAGUUAACGUGCAUCGUGAUAAUAGGCUUAUCACACAAGGAUAAAUUGACAAAUUCAUCGGAGUGCAGAGAAAUGAAUCGUGCAAUGUCAUAGCUAUAGAUAACAACAAAAUUACAAUUAAGAUUAUAACAUUGUAUCGUGCCUUUUGAAAUGCAAAGAUAGAAGGAAUUUAUCUUGAGAUUUAUACAAGAAACUAAGAGACGCCAAUAGAUAUUUUUUAACUCUACAACGAUGUACUUAUUGUUAGCUAGAUAUUUUGUACACAUAGCAUAUUAUGAAAUUUUGGAACACUUUAUUGUAGAAAAAGUAAUAAGUAAGUUUAUAUCGCUGUCGAUACAUACGAUCAUUGACACAUAUACUAUCAUUCAAAAGAACAUUUUACAAUUUUGAGAUAAAACAAA